AUGGAUGCUUCAACGUCAUCAAACAAGUCGGCCGCGAACCUCUUCCAGGUCUACCUGCGACUGAGGCCGCCCCCGGCUGGAGCUGCAUCCUCUGACAGAUUCCUGAGCGUUGAAGAGCCAGCAGACGGCUCCCAUCCGACACACAUUACCCUCAACCCUCCGAAUGACCGCAAGCGUUCGACCGAGAAAUUCGCCUUCACCAAGGUUUUCGAAGAGGAUGCCACCCAGCUCGAUGUCUUCCACUCCACGGGCAUCGCGUCGCUGGUCGAAGGUGUCUUGGCUCCCCACGGCGGCCAUGGCACAGAUGCUUUGAUUGCGACCCUUGGUGUCACUGGUUCCGGAAAGUCUCACACAAUUCUUGGUUCCCGAACCCAACGAGGCAUGACCCAGCUUGCGCUGGACGUCGUCUUCCGAUCCAUCGGCUCCAACAUGUACGACUCCUCCAGCCUCGAAGGCUCUCUUCAGGCCGCCGACGUCUCCGACGCAACCAUCAUGUCAGCCCCAUACUUUCUCGAGACCGUCUUUUCCGAUUUGGGUUCAUCCCGCGGAGGAGGGUCGAGAGCAGGCACGCCAAUGAUUGGCGAACAUCAUCCUCCACCGACUCCUCGACGAGCUCUGCAGCGACCCUCGAACCUCCCCCAAGCCCCCGACAUCAGCUCCAUAAACGUUUCUUCCGACCCCGAUGCCGACUACGCCGUCGUUCUUUCCAUGUACGAAGUCUACAAUGACAAGAUCUACGAUCUCUUGACCCCGCCGAUCAAGUCGAACGCCACGAAAGAGUACCGCCGACGGCCCCUUUUGUUCAAGUCGACAGAGCAGUCCGCCGAUAGGAAGGUGGUUGCCGGGUUAAAGAAGAUUGCCUGCACUAACAUGAGAGAAGCCAUUAUGGUCUUGGAGGCUGGACUGCAUGAGCGUCAAGUGGCGGGGACCGGCAGCAACAGCGUGUCGUCCAGAAGCCAUGGCUUUUUCUGCGUGGAGGUGAAGAAGCGCCCCAGAGUCGGCCGCAGCCGGACUUGGGCUGGCAAUGCCCUGACUAUUGUCGAUCUCGCCGGCAGUGAACGUGCUCGUGAUGCAAAGACCCAAGGUGCCACCCUUGCGGAGGCUGGCAAGAUCAACGAGAGCCUCAUGUACCUGGGACAAUGCUUGCAGGCCCAGAGCAGUCUGGGAAGCAACAGCAAGCCCAGCGUCAUGCCGUUCCGCCAGUGCAAGAUGACGGAGCUCCUGUUUUCCAACUCCUUCUCCACCUCGUCCUCUGGUGUGGCUGUUCGUCGCAACCCGCAGCGCGGCGUCAUGGUAGUCACAGCAGACGCACACGGUGACCUCAACGCAACUUCUCAGAUUCUCAGAUACAGUGCUCUGGCGAGAGAAGUCACGGUUCCGCGCAUUCCCAGCAUCACGUCCACUAUCCUUGCAGAAACCCCCUUGACUUCUCACGCGUCCCCGCCUCUCACUUCUCCUGACUAUCCUCCUCCUCCUCAGCGUCGCGGUUACUUCGGUCAUGGCUCGGGAGGACAUAGGAACUUCUCCCCUGGCUCUGACAACGGAGACCGAGUCCUCAUGGAACACGCUGCGCUCGAGAUUGCUCGCAUGCAGGAGGAGAUCACAAACCUCCACAUCGAGCUGGAUCACGAGCGCGAGUCACGAGUGUGUGCCGAGGCCCACCUCCUCAGCAUGGAGGAUCGCCUGAUUGAGCUUGAACAGACGGUGCGCGAAGAUUGCAUGGCCGAAUUCGACACCCGUUUCGAGCUUGAGCUGGCGCGGUGGAAGGCAACCCUGGCGGCGGAGCAAGAAAAGGGGGAAGAGCACUGGGAUCGCAAAAUGGAGCUUUUCGAAAAGGGCCUCGGUGUCAUAGUAGCAGAGGACGACGACGUUGGCGAGGACAAAGAAAACCUACUGGUGGAAAACCUCGAGCAGGAGAACGAGAGACUGCGUCGCGAGAACGAGAUUCUCAAGCGCGAGCUCGCCGGCCGGAGCCCCAGCAAGCGCAAGCCGCUUUCCGAGCGCGAGGACUUUGGAGGCCGCAAGGCAGACAGCAGCGGCGGGCUAAACAACCUGGGCAAGAAGAUGGAACGGUUGCGCGUUAGCAACGAGAGCACCGCGAGCACUGGAAGCACAGGUAGCCCGAAGAAGGUGCGCAAGCUUGGUGGCAAGAGAUGGGAGCAUGCUGCCGAUGACGACUUUUGA